AACAGAAUUUUAGGCGAGGUGUGAUAGCCGAAGAGGAAGAUUUCAUUCGUAGGAGACAAAGAAGAAGAAGCGAGUCCCGGCUGGAGCAUGGUCAGCGACAAGGACCUCAAGAAGAUAGCCGUCGUGUACUCAUUGACACAAGCAUUGCUAUGCUGCAAUUACAUCAUCUUCGGCUUCAGAAGCAAGUACGGCAAUGUUCGAAAUUAUAUGCUGUACUUCGACAUUUACUUCGGUACGGAGUGCUUCCUAAACAGCUGUACAGGGGUCAUACUAUUCAGCGGCAUGCAAAAAUUUCGGCUACCGAAGGAAGAGCUCGCCGAAAAUCCAACGUGCCACAGCAUCACAAAAUUCGUAGACGAUCCCCUGGAGUCUCUGCGGCUGUUCAUCGCCUGGGCCAUCGUGGCCGCCGUGCUGUGUUUCUGCGGCAGCGUCGCGCUGUCAAUGGUUCUGAAGUGGGGCUCCAUACCCGGCAACAAGCUCAAGGACGACCCCGUGCUGAAAAUGCAUGACAAACUGCGUGACAGAUCCAUAUUUUCCUCAAUUGUGUUCUACGUCAUAUACGCCAUAUUCAAGGCCCUGGUGCUGGUCGUGCUGUGCAAGUUCUACUGCCACCACCGGCGCAAGGUGAAGGACGGCCAGCCGCUGUACACGCCCUACGACCACGGCGCCCACCGCGAGCACCACCGAGUGUUCGCAGCACCGACCCAUCACGAGCAUGCGGGGGCUGCCAGUACGCGGCACCCGGUGCCCAGCGCCAACGUGGACAACUCCAUCACCUUGUCUACACCCGCGCGAGUCGCCAACAGCUUCCUCACGCAGGAGGGCGUUUGA